GCUCUUCGACUUACGAUGCUUCGACUUACGAUAUUUCGACAUUACGAUGGUGCAAAAGCGAUACACAUUCAGUAGAAAUAGUAUUUCAAUAGCCUGGCCCUGUGGCAGCGUUGUGCUGCAUUGAUAAUUUAAGCGGCAUGGCUCACUUUGAAGACAUGGAGAUGAUAUCUGGACAGCAUCCUAAACCUGUGGGACUAGUUCUUGAAUACGGCACAGCAGGUUUUCGAGCCAAGGCAGAACAACUCGAUCAUGUAAUGUAUCGCAUGGGCCUGCUAUCGGUCCUGAGGUCAAAGAAAACUGCAAGUACCAUCGGUGUAAUGGUCACAGCCUCGCAUAACCCAGAGGAAGACAAUGGAGUGAAAUUAGUUGAUCCUCAUGGAGAGAUGCUUGCAUCAGCCUGGGAAGCAUAUGCCACCCAGUUAGCAAAUGCAGAAGACCAAAAUCUAAAAUCUGUCUUAACCAAUAUCAUUGAAAAGGAAUCUGUGAACCUGCAAGAUGUGGCUCGGAUUUUUCUUGGUAGGGACACACGGCCCAGUAGCCUCGAGCUUUCCCAGGCUGUUGUUGAUGGUGUGUGUGUCUUAGGAGGAGCUUAUCAAGACUAUGGUCUUGUCAGCACUCCACAGCUGCACUAUAUGGUUUGUUGUCGGAAUACCAUGGAGCAGUAUGGAAUUGCAACAGUCGAAGGAUAUUACAAGAAACUUUCUCGUUCAUUUAUUGCCUUGACUAAGCAGGUACCCUGCCAUCCAGAAGAAAUGAGACAACUGAAUGUGGAUGGGGCAAAUGGGAUAGGUGCACUAAAGCUAAAUGAAUUGGAGCCUUAUCUUGAGAAGAAGCUGAAGUUAAAGUUGUGUAAUGAUGGUACAACUGGCAAACUCAACUACCUCUGUGGUGCAGACUUUGUAAAAGUGCAACAGAAGCCACCUCAAGGUUUGGAUAUGAAGGCAAAUGAACGAAGCUGCUCAUUUGACGGUGAUGCCGACAGAAUUGUAUAUUAUUACAUUGAUGAAUCCGGGUCUUUCCACCUCCUUGAUGGUGAUAAGAUUGCAACUUUAAUAAUUACAUUUCUAAAAGAACUUCUUGCCAAGGCAGAUUUAGAUGUGCAGAUUGCGGUGGUACAGACUGCCUAUGCAAAUGGAAGUUCAACAAGAUACAUUGAAGAUGUCAUGAAGGUUUCUGUACACUGUGUGAACACAGGAGUGAAGUUUCUGCACCAUAAAGCUCAGGAAUUUGACAUUGGGGUUUACUUUGAAGCAAAUGGUCACGGCACUGUCCUCUUCAGUAAAACAGCUGAGAGCAAAAUCAGGCAGAUGGCCCAGGACCAGAGCCAAAUGGGAGAGAAAAGCAAUGCAGCCAAAAUGCUUGAAAAUACCAUUGACCUGAUCAACCAGACAGUUGGUGAUGCUAUAUCGGACCUGCUGACAAUUGAGGCCAUUCUGUCCAUCAAAGGUCUGACUGUCCAGCAGUGGGAUUUAAUUUACACUGACCUUCCUAACAGACAAUUGAAAGUAAAGGUGUCUGACCGACAAGUGAUUGCCACUGUAGAUGCUGGAAGGAGAGCAGUGUCUCCUGCAGGGCUGCAGGAGAACAUAGAUGCUCUGGUGAAGACGUACAGUUUGUCAAGAGCCUUUGUACGCCCAUCGGGAACAGAAGAUGUGAUCAGAGUGUAUGCUGAAGCUGACACUCAGGCUAAUGCAGAUACGUUGGCGUAUGAAGUGAGCCUUGUGGUGUUUAGUAUGGCAGGAGGCAUGGGAGAGAAACCCAAGUUGCUGCAUUAAGGAACGCUGGUGAGAUGCCCUACUACCCCCUUGAGUACCCCGGUAUAUUAACACUCCACCCAGAUACAGGUGGUGGGUCUGAUAACCUUCUAAACUAAAUGUGCUUUAUGUGCAGGUACUCUUUAUCUGCCCAAGUACAGUAGUAGAAAUCUCACGACAAUUUUUCAAUUACAACAUUUCAUGAAUGGUUAGCCUGAACUUUAAAUCUUCUACUUAAAAUAUCUACUUAAAUUCUCAGACUGGUUGUCCCAGGAUUGAGUGAAGACACAAACUUGGAAUUUAAUUUGGGCAUCUUGACAGAUUAACAAUACUAAUUGAUUCUCAUUGGAUGAUAUUUAAGGUUUUCUUUUAAUUAGAAGGGAGUUUGGUUUACUAUUGUAGGAUUAGCAAAGAAACAUACUUGUAUCACAAUCAGAAACUAUUUGGAUCAGAAAUAAGGCUAGGUUUAUUUUGACAUUUAAAGUUGUAUACUGGUAACAUUGCCAUAAAGGAGAGGGGUUUAUGGUGGAGGAAUAGACUCAAAAAGAAUCUAGCAUAGCACAAACUGAAUAAUGAGAAUCUUGUAACUUUCUGCUCUAUUUAUAUUUCCUUACUGAUGAAUGAACAGAACUUUAAUAUCUGGAGCAAAGAUGUGAUUUAAUUACUAGCCUGCCUUGCACCAUGUUUUACUGAAAAUAAUUAAUUAUUUUUCUUGCUGCCUCAACGUGCGUUGCAACAAGUAGGCUGACAAACCAGAGGACAAUUUAUGUGUUCAGCUGAUUAGCAAAACAAGUUAAUGCUGUGGAGUUCUUUCAUAAAUGUAACCACAAUGUGAAGGAGGGGACUCUGUUUAAAGUACUUUUCAUAUCCUCCAGGCAUUUUCAUCUAAAGUGUGCAAUAAUCUCAUACCAUGAAGGUCUUGAUUAUUUAGACCUUUGUUUCAGAGACACACGAGACUGGAACCUUGAGCCAAAGACAAACUGCUGGAAGAACGCAACGGAUCAGGCAAUAUCUGUGAAAGGAAGUGCGCCGUUGAUAUUUCGGUGGUGGUAUUUCAGUAGAGUUGCUGCCCUGCAGAGACCCAAACUUGCAGAGACCCAAGUUUGAUCCUGACUAAGGACUAAGGAGUUGUACGUUCUCCCUUUAUAUCUCAAGUCUAAAGUAAAGUCUAAAGUCAGGAUCCUUCUUCAGUCCAAGUCCCAACUCUAAACAUCGACCGUGCAUUUCCUUCUACAGAUGCUGCCUGACCCACUGAGUUCCUCCAACACUUUGUUUUUGCUCAAAAUUAGAACAAUGGAGUAAAUCACCAGAUAACUAAUUGUUUUAUCCUCUGGUUUAGCUGAAUAAAUAGUUUUUACACCAUCAGUUAUCGAUCAUGGCUAUUUGUUACCUCAAAAAUGGAUGCUGAUGUUUAUCCAAUAAAAGAUUAAAGCAGUUUUAUCUAAAUAUUUUAUAGUUCCCAGUCACAGCUGCUGUAAAGGAAGAUUAAAUGAGUGUAACUCUGUAAUUUUAUGCUCUGUUUAUAAUCGUCAGAUGUGUUCUCAGAAAAAUAAACAUGUAAUUAUUUGAUCUUG